AUGCCACUCAGGAAGCUCCAUCUUAUCCGGAAGUGGGACCUCCCUGAAUCAGCACAUCACCUCAUCCCACCAAGGAGUGCAGCGACGACGGAGGAAACUCUUUCCAGCAGUACGCAGCACGAAGAUGAAUGCCUCGAGGUUCUUCCUGACAAAACCCUAUCCGGACUUUUUUUCGGUGCGCCCCUUGACAGCUCGCCCUCAAGAGCAACGGGCGACAGACUGAAGCAGGGAGCAAGCCGCAGGAGCGUCAUGGUCACGCCUUGGUCAAUGCACAGGCUGAAAUCCCCUCGUGACAUCACCCUGCCGCACGCGCUGCUGGCCACCAACGACGAGUUGCAUCACAUCUACAAAGGAUUCGAAUCUUCGGGUCCAUCAAUUCUUCUAAGCCUCUAUGACUCUUGGUAUUACACAUCCUACAAGUGUAUGCCUGCCCGUCCUUCCUACAAAUCACUGAAAUACGCAAAAUAG